CUCAUUCUCGCUCUCGCAGCCUCGCCGAUGACUUCCUGUCGCCGAUACACGUUUGGAUGCUAACGCUGACAGGUCACGUGACACCGGGCGGACUUCACCGGGUCAUGUGACUCGCGGCGUGCGGACAACAUGAUGCCGAUGUUCGUGAGCGUGUUCCUUGGCGGCGGGCCGCAGAACUGCUGCGAGGUUCCCGUCACACCGGACACGCUUUGCAGGGACGUUCUUCGCUUGUGUAAAGAACCGGGUGAGAACCGCUGCUGCCUCACUGAGACCUGGAGGGGAGAUGAACGUGUCGUCGGGGAGGAGGAGAAGAUGAUGGAGGUGUUGCAGCGUUGGGGGCAGCACAGUGGGGAGGUGUCCUAUUUACUCAGGCGCCUGCCACACACAGGCGUGUGCAGGGCAGCCGACCAUACGAUGAGCAGAGGUCUCGUGACUGCCGAGGAUGACGAGGUGUUAGUGUCCCAUCGAGAGACAGCGCUGAGCGAGCUAAAAGAUCUGGCGGCCCGACAACAGCGAAACAUCAAUGACAAGGAACAGCUGCUCGCAUCCAAGGAGCAGCAUCUGUGGCGUUUGAGGCACGAGGACUGUUGGGAGACGUUGGAGGAGGAGCGCGUGCGACGUCUUCGGGAAAACGCCAUCAAGCAGGAGGCCAAACUGCGGCGUGUGCGGGCCCUCAAGGGUCAAGUGGAGCUCAAACGCAUCAGUAACAGCAAGCUGGCGUCGGAAUUGGAGCACAUGACCGUCCUGUUCCAGCAGAAGCAGAAGGAGCUCCUGGCGGGCUCGGCCCACGUGGAGCAGCUAAGCGAGCAGCUGGAGGCGCUCAGGAGCGGCAGGACGGAAGGCGGAGGCUCUUCCUCCUCCUCGGCCGCCGAGCUGCAGCAGCUGCGUGGGGAGCUGCAGCUGAGGAAUCGACUGAACCAGGAGCAGAACUCGCGCUUGCAGCAGCAGAAGGACGCGCUGAGCAGGAGGAACCAGGAGGUGGCAACCAUGGAGCGACGCGUGGCCGAGCUGCGUCUGCGCCUUUGCAAGAAGAAAGCAGGGCUGAAGCAAAAGGAGAACACACCUGUGCCUUCGGACAGCGAAGCCCCUCAGCACGCCACGUCGAAGGUGGCGGCGGUGGGUCCAUACAUCCAGUCACCCUGCCAGGGUCCGCCUUUCCCGCAGCGUCAAGAGGUUCCGCUGAAGUCCAUCUACCCGAACGGCACCACCACCCUACCAGUGGACAACUCCCCGAAGCCGCCACCACCACAGCCUCCCCGGCCCCUCAAGCCUACCGCAGUUGUCAACAAAAUCUCUGAUUGGAGCAGCUCUAAUGGAGGCCCCGCCCACAUAGCCACACUGCCCCGCAUGACCAAACUGCGCUGCUCCACUUCAGAGACCAACGCCUUCAAGGGAUCCAACGUCCCACCCCCUGGUCCCUCACGGAUCAAUCACACGACAGAGAAACUGCUCAGGGACCAGAAGGUAGCAGUUCUUCCAGGAAUCACUAAUUGCAAAACUUCCUGCACUGGAACCUUCCCUGUCAAGAUGCGUGCAUCAGGGGGUGCUCUUCACAGUUACACCCUCCCACUGCCACACAAGCAGGAAAACCCCCCGGCCGCUGCCGUGCGACCCUAUACCCCUGAGCCUCUGGAACCCCUGGAGCCCCUGGAGCCCCUGAAGCCCCUGAAGCCCAUGAAGCCCCUGGACCCCUUGGUCCCACUUCUGCAGAAGCCUCAGACGGUGGCAACGGCGUCCAUCUACUCCAUGUACACGCAGCGGAGCAUGCUGGGAAAGAGCUACCAGUCCAGCACGCUUCCACGCUGUCAAACGCGAGUGUACGGUAAACCAGCUCUCCAGGCCAGUGGGGGGCAGCAGUCCGACAGUUGUGCCAUCAACUCUGGAUCUCUUUUUUCUUCCAAGAGUGGUGAGGUUGACGCCAAUUGCUUGGGCAAAUGUGACGCAUCUGGGGCGGAGCCUGCCACAGAGCGAGCCACUCCUCGGCCCCUCAGCCCCACCAAGCUUCUCCCCUUCCUGACCAAGACCAACUCCCACAGGAACCACAGCGAUGCCGACCUGGAAGCCAUGCGGCGCCGCCACCACGCCCCACGGCCCCUGAAGAAACGCAGCUCCAUCACGGAGCCCGAAGGCCCCGCGGGACCCAAUAUCCAGAAGCUUCUCUACCAGAAGACCACCCUGGCUGCCAUGGAGACAAUCCCCAUGGAGACCAUUGAGACCAUCCCCGUGGACACCCAAGCCCCAGUCUCAGAGCGCUUUGGGACAUCUGAAAUGAGUGACAGAGUGGCUCUGAAGCAGUCACUCGAGAGCCCGAAAGACCUUGGGACGACGCCCUCCGUGCCCCCACGUUUUCAUAUCCCAAUCUCCGCCUCCUGCCGCAGCCCACCAACCAAUCAAGAUGUCAAGGAGGAAGCAGUGUGGUCAGUCACAGGGGAUGAGUUCCCGCCUUACCCGCCUCCGCCUUACCCCCUACGAGGGGACGCUGCCCUCAACCUGAAGCCCCCUGAGGUUACGGGAGAGGGAACGAAGUCUAUUCUCCGUACGUCGGCCUCGGUUCCGGUGGACCGGAUCGUGCGGGUCAAGUUCAACCCCUUGGCCGUCUUGCUGGAUGCGUCCCUGGAGGGCGAAUACGACCUGGUCCAGAGGGUCAUUUACGAAGUGGACGAUCCCAGCGGGGCCAACGACGAAGGCAUUACGGCCCUGCACAACGCCGUCUGCGCCGGGCAUGCCGACAUUGUACACUUCCUGGUGCACUUUGGCAUCGACGUCAACGCUGCCGACAGCGACGGAUGGACGCCGCUGCACUGCGCCGCCUCGUGCAAUAACGUCGAGGUGUGCAAGUUCCUGGUGGAGAGCGGCGCCGCCGCGCUGGCCGUGACGCACAGCGACGCGCAGACGGCAGCCGACAAAUGUGAAGAGAUGGAUGAUGGAUACGCUCAGUGCUCGCACUUCCUCUACGGCGUUCAGGAGAAGAUGGGUGUUAUGAACGGGGGCAAGGUCUACGGCCUUUGGGACUAUGAGGCUCAGAGUGAGGACGAGAUGUCCUUCAAGACAGGUGACUGCAUGACGGUGUUGCGUAAAGAUGAGCAGGCCGACGGCGAGUGGUGGUGGGCGUGCUGCGGAGAUCGCCAGGGAUUCAUACCCAGAAACCUGCUCGGGCUCUAUCCGAGGAUCCGCCCUCGACACAGAAGUCUGGCUUAGCCGAGAUGGACUCCUGAGGAACGCCAAGAACCACUCAAAUGACCAACAAGUCAAUGUACACUUUAUAUUUCUUCUCUUUUGAUGUGUCAACCACAAUAAAAGAUUUUGACACUUG